AAAAAUCACAAAUUCACAGAGUCCACACACUCACUCUCCCAACAAGCCGCUUCGCACCCUUCACCUGAGUUCCUAUUAUCGGCUUAUCGCACUCUUCUCAGAGUCAAUGGCGUUUACACUCCAGCAGCUGAAGCAAUACGACGGCAGCGACCCAUCAAAGCCGAUAUACGUAGCAGUUAAAAGCCGAGUAUUCGAUGUAACCGCCGGCAAGUCCUUCUACGGUCCAGGUGGAUCUUACUGCAUGUUCGCCGGCAAAGAUGCCAGCCGAGCACUGGCCAAGAUGAGCAAGAACGAUGAGGACGUCAUCGGAUCCCUUGAUGGCCUCUCUGAGAAAGAGAUCCAGACUCUUGAUGAUUGGGAGAAGAAGUUUGAGGCUAAGUACCCUGUCGUUGGCAGCCUUGCUGAUUAAAUUGUGAAGUUUCAAGACAAAAAAUAAAAAAAAUAAAAAAAUGGUGUUUUCUGUAUGCUUAUGUGUUGGUUUGUGGUUUAGUGAGGAUUUGGGAUGCGGGUUUUGUGUAAUUAUGGGGAAAUAUGGGUUGGUUUUGGGUGGAUUAUGGGGUAUGUUGUAAUGGGUACUUGGAUGUUGGUUAUAUCAAUAAAUUGGCUGGCUGUGUUUUAAUUGUGAA